CCAAAAUAUAUCAGUUUUUGUCUUUCCGAUUGUCUGAACCUUCUGUAAUUCAUCCCUGACCAUAAUGCAUUGUUAUCGAAAAGCAGCUAUUGUCAUUACAAUUUCCGUUCUGUUUCUCGAGUCGGUAUUUUGUCAAGAUUAUUCAACUUCUCCCUGGUCACUGGACCCUUUCCUGGGGACAUAUGACGAAAUAUGGGCAUUAAAUAAGAAUAUGCUGAAUUUUACCGGAGCCGUUAUCGGAGUCCCAGGCGAUAUCGUCGUCCUGGGUGAACGUGUCGUCUGGGGUAAAACCGCCGAUGGCCAUUACCAUCAGACAGUCAAGCGCAAUCAAAGCCAGUACGAAGUUAACCUGACUUUUGAUCUGGGCGUGCCGGGUUCCGUUGCCACCGGUCCCAACCAGAGACUAAACUACACCAUUACUAUGUUUAACGCGACCGCUAUACGGGCGGCAUAUCUCUGGGAUUUGGGAGACCAUAUCGCUGCAUUCACGCUAACCUUUGGAUUUUAUCCCGGCGGAAUGUUUGACACGGCAAAUAUCACUCAACCGUCCCAGUUUAUCGCCACCGCGCCGUUUUACAAGGUCGAAGCGGGAGAUGUGGGACCGGUAACGACCGGACCACCACCAACGUAGAUGGGAAAGACGGGAACGUUUUCUAUCGAUUUUAUAUCACUGCGAG